GAAAUAUUUAGUGCAUACACUGAACUUGCCUCAAACAGUCGCCUCUUAUCACAGAUUGAGCUCGAAGCGAAGUUAAUAGAAGUUACACUGCAGGUGCUACGAAAUGGAACGAACGUGUUUAGCAAAUCAGAUUAUGAAAGCAGUGGACAGCAUGAUCGAUCCAAAUGCCAGUAUAGAACAGCAAGUAGCACAGAUGAAGGCACAGCUUGCAGCUCUCUCACAGCUUCCAAACCUCAUCCAGCAAAAGGUGGAGGCUGUGAGCCGACAGAUCAAUCAAAUCAGUCAAAUGGAAUACAAAGAAGUUCGACAAGAAAAAUAUCUGGAGAUCAAUAAACCAAAUCCAGAGAGGGUAACACAUUUCGAGAAACAUCCAGACAAUAAUAGAGUUGAAAUAACAGAGAUCGACGUACCGGAGAAUGAGUCGAUCGGACAGAGAGGUAAAAAGAUGCAAAUCCGUGUGACGAAGCCGAGCUUGACGGAAGACGAAGUCGCGCUCAUGAAGAAAGAGGAAGUUAAGAGAAUGUUGGAGAGCAAAAUGAAGAAGGAGCAAAACAAGGAAAUUGUCCAUCGAGUCAAACUUGAACAAGAACCCCAGACCCGAGUCAAGCCAUCGCCUAUGUUCGGCCCCGCCCCCCCAGAAAGGCCACUCGUCCUCCCCGGUGGAAGGAAAUGGAAGAAAUCCAGGGAAUACGACGAGGAGUUGAUUCAGGAAACGCUGACCGCACAAGCGGAAGUUAUCAAAGGCAACGCAAUUGGAGUAAAUUUCAUGAAAUACCAAAAGCCACCCAAAGGGCUCGAUCAUUUACAACACUCCGAAGUCUAUAAGGCGAUACACAAUAUGGACGAAGCGCCUCCGAAGAGAGUUGCUAUGCUGAUGCCUUCCAUCGCUGAAGCUGAUUAUAGAGAGAGAGCUCGUUCGAUGUCACCGUGUCCGAAUGGACGGUAGGAACAUUUUAACUGUCAGAAGUGAAAUAGAUAAAAAAUGUAUUUAGUUUACAAAAAGACCAAUUAAUAAUAUAUUUAAUGUAUUCAAUUAUAAAUAAUUACGUAUUUUACACAUUAUAUUACAAUAAUUUAUUAAAAUUUAUUAUAUUCAUAAUACUUAGCUAAUUAUUAUGAUCUUUGUUAUUUUUUUAAUAAUUAUGAAAUAAAGCUC